GCGGGAAAGUGUCGUGUGGGGCGCUCACACGGCGGGACCUGAGUGCACAUCCUCGCAGCUCUGUGAGCUCUGGUUUGGAAGUGCCCCACCCACUGCCCAGUUUCACCCCCUAUGUGGACGAGUCAGCUCAGCCCCAAAUGAUGAUGAGGUGAAUGGAAUUGAACGUUUGAGUGAGGAUGCAAUUGUGACAGGCUCCUACAAGAACAAGACCCUUUGUGCCAACCCAGAGGACACGUGUGACUUUAACAGGGCUGCCCACCUGGCCUCAACGCCCUUUCACAGGGUGGUAGCUCAGAGAGUCCCAGCUCCUGCUUUCUCUCAGAGUGAACUGAAGGAAGACAGUCCAGAAUCCAAGAGUGCGCCUCUGAAUCAGGAGACACCAGAGUGUGAAGGGGCAUACACUGAAGCUCUCAGUGUCAAAAAACUGAGGAUUAAAGGAGAAGCAUUCAGGAUUGGAGGAGAGGUGAUCAUGUCCCAGGAGGACAGCCAUGAGUGGGAGCUGAGCAAGGAGAAUGUGCAGCCCCUCAGGCAGGGACGGGUGAUGUCCAGAUUGCAAGAGGCACUGUCUCAGCAGGACUCUUCCAGCCACACCACUGUGCAGCUUAAAAAAAAGGAGUUUGAAGCAGAAAUACGAUUUUACUGUGGAGAUGACCCUCUAGAUGUGUGGGAGCGGUACAUCAAGUGGACAGAGCAGGCCUUCCCUGGGGGUGGCAAGGAUGGCAACCUUGCAGCUGUUCUGGAAAGGGCAGUGCAAGCCCUCCACGGGCAGCAGCGAUACUACAAAGAUCCUCGCUAUCUUAAUCUCUGGCUCAAGUUUAGCGAUUGCUGCAACGAGCCCUUGGAUCUGUAUGGUUACCUACACAGCCAGGAGAUUGGCACCACGCUGGCCCCACUCUACAUCACCUGGGCAGAGGCACUCGAGGCCAGGGGCAGCUUCAGAAAAGCAGAUCUGAUAUUCCAGGAAGGACUUCAGCGCAAGGCUGAGCCUUUGGACAAACUCCAGGCUCAUCACAAGCAGUUUCAGGCCCGUGUUUCUCGGCAGACACUACUGGCACUUGAGGAAAGUCCUGAUGGAGACAAUAUGGGAUUGCUGGAAAUUGCAGAGCCUCAGAGAAGUUCGCUGGCAGAUCUCAAAGGCAGAGGGAAGAAGAAAGUGAGAGCCCCCAUUAAUCGUGCUGGAGAUGUAGUUAAAGUCAUUAACCCAAACAGAAGCUGCCAGCCUCAGGCUUCUCUACAGCUUCCAAAUACUCCAGGUUUUGCUGUUUUCGAUGAAAAUUCUGUGUCUGGACCUGAGAUUCCCACACUUACCGCACAGUCAUGGCCAGCACCUCCAGUUCCCAGGGCCAAGGAGAAUGAACUCAGCGCAGGACCGUGGAACUCUGGCAGGAUCAUCCGUUUUCACCUUCCACUAGCCGAGGUUGCUCCAAGCCCCAUGCAACCUGGCCUUGGGACUCCAUGCAAAAUUGAGCCCAGCAUAAACUGUGUGUUAAGUACUCGCAAACCUGAGGAACGGGAGGACCCACUGCAGCGUGUGCAGCAUCAGCAACAGGACGCUCAGGCAAAGAAAGAGAUGGUGAUGUACUGCAAAGAGAAAGUUUAUGCUGGAGUAGAUGAAUUCUCUUUUGAAGAGAUCCGAGCUGAAAUGUACAGGAAGAAAGCAAGAAAGAAAGAUGAGGAUGAAAUACAAGCCAUCGAACGGAAGAAGGAAGAAAUACAAAGGAAGAUUGAAGAGCUGGAAAAGAAAUUAAAGAAGAAAGAAGAUGACAAGCAGCCACAACCACAUGAACAGGCAACAGAGGUAAUGGGAGCUUCCACACCUUUGGGAAUGCAAGGAUUUACUUUUCCCAGUGCAAAAGAAUAUGGGGAGAAACAGCCUCAGUCACAAAGUGAAUUCCAGAUCUAUGAAGAUACUCAACUACAUAAACCAUCUUGUUCUGAGGAUGUUGGUCUGCUUCGCCCACCAGCUGCUGUUCCGUUUUUCUCUAUAUUUGAUGAAUCCUCUGCUUUGACAAAUGAGAAUAUAAGUUGUUCAGCAGAUCAUAGGCAGAAAAGUGCCCGUCAGCCUCUCUCUGUUCGUGAUCCUGUGGAUUCUCUGAGUGCCAAGGAAAGCAGAGCAGCAGCAGCAGCCUGUGAUGAGGUGAAUGGAAUUGAACGUUUGAGUGAGGAUGCAAUUGUGACAGGCUCCUACAAGAACAAGACCCUUUGUGCCAACCCAGAGGACACGUGUGACUUUAACAGGGCUGCCCACCUGGCCUCAACGCCCUUUCACAGGGUGGUAGCUCAGAGAGUCCCAGCUCCUGCUUUCUCUCAGAGUGAACUGAAGGAAGACAGUCCAGAAUCCAAGAGUGCGCCUCUGAAUCAGGAGACACCAGAGUGUGAAGGGGCAUACACUGAAGCUCUCAGUGUCAAAAAACUGAGCCCAAUCAUGGAAGCAAGCCUGGAAGACACUCACUCGUCAGGUGCUUCAGUCUCAGGAGGUUCUCUGUCCUCCGUUACACAAACAUCUGAUAUAAAAUACCUGCAGAUCAGUGAGAAACUGGAGCUGGCUCAGAGCUUGCCUGCUGAAGUGGUUACUGAUUCUGGAGGUGGAAACUUUACUGAUGAUGAUGUAGCUCAGUUCCUGUGGAGCCCUGAACAGCGUAAAAAGCUUUUAGGUUCUGUGUUAUCAUCACUGGCUGCUUCUCCAGAUUUUCACUUGGAAGCUGGAGCUCUGCCUCACAUGGUGGUUGAGAAAGACGUUGAGCUGGGAAAUGAGACUUACUGCAUCAAAAUGGAAUAUUGGAACAAUGAAGAAUACAAGAUGUUUUUUGCCAUUCCAACUGGAUGCAGUUUCCAGUGGGAUGUUAAGGGAUUUGCAAUAAAGGUGUAUUCUCAGCCUGUGCCUUGGGAUUUUUAUAUCACCCUUGAGUUACAGAAGCGUUUGAAUUCUGACUUUGACCAGAGCUUCAGUGAGAAUUGCAACUGUUACCUGUACCAGGAUGGCUGUGCCAUUGUGCACAAGGAUACAAAUUGCUUCACACUCAUGGAUAUUCUCCGUGACCGUAAGUUCAUCACAAAGGAAAUCCUCUUCUUGGUUGUUCAUGAUCUUCUGCAUGUGGUAGAGAAGCUGCACAAAGCGGAGAUUGUCCAUGGAGAUCUGAGGCCAGACGUGUUUUUUCUGGGAGACAGGAUCUGUGAUGCAUUUUCUAAUGAGGAAGUGCCAAAUGCUCUGAAGGUGGUGGAUUUUACUCACAGUCUGGAUUUGAGGGUACUGCCUCGUGUCAGCUUGCCCUAUAACUUUCCCACUGCUCAGACCCCUCAUGGACAGCAGCUUCUGGCAGAAAGUUCUUUCCCUUAUCAGGUAGACUUGGUUGGCAUUGCAGAUAUAGUCCAUUUGAUGUUGUUUGGGGAUCAUAUCCAGGUCUAUCAGGAGAAUUCCAUCUGGAAAAUCAGCCAAAAUUUAUCAAAGACCCCUGACAGUGAUUUCUGGAGUAAACUUUUUGAGAGAAUUCUGAAUGCAGAUGGUAAGUCCACAGUACCUCUGCUGAGGGAGUUGAGAGAGGAAAUCAGUGAAAUGUUUGACAGCUCUUUCAAAGAACGACUUUUGUUGACCUUAGCUGCUGUGGGAGAAACUUUCCUCCUGGUGGACUUCCAGUGACUUCAUAGAAAACAAACACAUUUUGUAUUCUAGAGAAAAAUUUGUUGUUGCUUUCAUAUGUUUUCAAAUUUAAACAUGAGAGUGAUUGGAGCCAUUUCUGCAAUACUUCACAUGGGACUUGCUCAAGAAUGUUUCUAUUGCAUGAGUGCAUGGAAAACCUCCUGAGCCUCUACAUGAACCUUUCUGUGUCGGAGCAGUUUGUGAAAGAAAAUUGUUUGUCUUAAUUGCCACCUCCCCUUCUUGUACAGCUCCUUAGAAAUUUAACACCUAACUUGCAUCACACUCUUUGAAAUGUCUUUGUCUUGCAUUCAGUUGGUCUUUUAAUUGGUGUUUAAUCAAUAAAGUUGUGUUUUGGUA